UAAAGCAGGCAGGGUUGUGUCUGUCUGUGUGUGCUAGGGUGUUCAUUUCUCUUAGGCAUCUUGGCUGUUUCUGUAGUGACUUCCCUCCUAGGCUGUGUGUUUUCCGUGUUCCUACAAGCUUGUGAAUGUGCACCUGUAACUGUGGCUCCUUGACUUUGCUGGGUCAGUAUUGUAGUAGGAUGGGCAGACUUCCUUAUGUAAGCCUUCCUGCCUCUCCAGAGAUGGGGCUUGUGGCUGAACCUUCUCAAACUGUCUGUGAGCCCCUCUCCAGCAGCCACAUGUCCCGACAUGUGCCCGCAGUCCGGAAUUUUACCCGCCUCCACUCACAAAUCACACACUCACGACACACACUUAGGUGCCUACGGUUGCACUGGCCAAGUCUCCACCCCCUCCCUUUGCUUAAACUUCGGAAUUUCCAGCCGACCGGCCAACCGCUCCCAGCAGCGGGUGGAGUUGAGAAGGGCCCGCCCAGUUCUCGGAGUACAAAACUAGCUCUGCAGGACUGCGCGGCCACUUGUCCUUCAGCUCUGCGCACAAUGUGUCACUCUCGAAGCUCCCUCCCCACCAUGACCGUCCUGCGGGCUCCGACCCCGGUCCCCUCCACCAGCCCGGGACCCCAACGGGGCUCCGGCCCCGAGAUCUUCACCUUCGAUCCUCUCCCGGAGACCGCGGUGGCCCCCGCUGCGCGCCCCAGCGCCUCCCGCGGGCACCGAAAGCGCAGCCGUAGGGUCCUCUACCCACGAGUGGUCCGGCGUCAGCUGCCAAUCGAGGAUCCGAACCCAGCCAAAAGGCUGCUCUUUUUCCUGCUCACCAUCAUCUUCUGCCAGAUCCUGAUGGCUGAAGAGGGUGUGUCGACACCCCUGGUCCCGGAGGACACCCCCAGCGCGCAGUCCCCCGCGCCCACCGUUGUGCCCCCGGUCCUCGAGCCCCUUAAUCUGACCUCGGAGCCCUCGGACUACGCUUUGGACCUCAGCACUUUUCUCCAGCAACACCCUGCCGCCUUCUAACCGGACUCUCCACACCCCCAGAAGAAUCUGAAAAACCAAGAAACACUGGGUGUACCUGGUGGGAGAAAGAGCGUAUCCCAAACUGGGACUCCCAAGGCAACUCGCACUCAGAACACUACAGCGGAGAUGCCAGCCCGAGCCUGGGAGAGACAGGCACCGACAAGCCGGGGCUAGGCCGGGUGGCAGGAGACUUACCCGGCUAGGCCGGGUGGCAGGAGAGCGUCGUUAUUUCUCAUUGCUCCUAAUAAUAUUUAUAUGUAUUUAUGUAUGUCCCCCUAGGUGAUGGAGGGGUGUAUGUAAUAUUUAUUUUAACUUAUGCAGGAGUGCGAGAUGUGCUCCUUGCUGCAAAUGCAGAUCUCUGGGUAUUUAUUGGGCUCUGGGGGAUUGGUGGAGGCCGGCGCCCAGAACUGAGCGAGGCUGGGAAGAGGGAUGGAGGAAACCCGGGUCCGAGAAGGCGCCGGGCUGGGAGUCAAGGACGGUGGUGGGUCGUAGUAGGUUUAGCGAGUGACAUACUCAGCCCUCCAGCAUCUCAACUCGCGGGUCUACUGUGUGAGGCUUCGGCGGACCGUUGAGAAUAAGGUCCUUGGCCUUCGAUCUCCUCGAAGUUGCCCCCAAGGGGUGGCUGCGGGGUCGAUGGGCUGUCAGGGGGCGGCUGUGGGGUCGCCCGGUAUGUUCUGUGAACACAAAUAAACUUGAUUUACCGUCA